UUUUUUACCAUCAUCUAUAAAUAGGGAAAAAGGGGGAGAGAGGAUUCAUAGUUACAAUGGAGAAGAGGAGGAAGGGCGAGACGUUAAGUUACAGGAAGAAAAAAGAAACCAUAAAGAAAAAGACUAGGGAGCUUUCAAUCCUCUGUGACAUUAAAGCUUGUGCCAUUCUUCUCGGUCCUAAUGGAGAAGUCGAUACAUGGCCUGAAAAUCCCUCAGACUUCAACCCCAUUAUUCAAUCCUACAAGAGAAAAGAAAAGAUUGAAGACGCAAUUGAUGAUGGGUUCUUGAAGAAAAAGUCAAAAAAGAAUAAUGCUCUGUUUUCCGAUGAUCAGUGGCUUAAUGACAUGAUGUCUAGAGAGUCGAAACAGAGUUUGUUGGUGAAAUUGAAUUCGAAAUUAGAGGCUGUGGAGAAAAGGAUUGAGUUCUUGAAGAUGGUGAAUUGUGGGAAUGGAGGAUCAACUUCAAGUAGAAAAGAAAUUGUACUUGCUGAUCAAGGGAGUAGUAAUGUUGAAAUCAGUGUUGAUCAACUGACAACUUCAAGAGGAGAACAAGUUGCUGGGGCUAAUCAAGAAACCUAUGAUUUUGAUUUUGAUGAAUUCUGGGGGAGUGGUACUGUUGGUGAUCAACUUGAAAACACUACUGCUUACAAUCAAGAAACAGAAAUUGCUAUGGCGGCUGAGUUCAAUGGUGAUCAAUUGAGAGAUUGUUCUCAGGGCCAAGAAGUUGGUUUUUUGGGGAUAAUGCCUAAUGAGAUGAACAACGUGUGGGAGACACUAAACAAUUUGGACAAUCUGCAGAAUUUUGGAUUUGAUGAUGAUCUUUGGCCAAGUAUCACUGGUUCUGAAUUUGAUCUAUUGCCACAAGAGGCUACAGGUUUUGGUACAUUGUUGGAUCAGCUUGAUUCCUUCAUGCCUCUCCAACCUAAUUAUGAUUAUUCCAUCCCCUUUUUUCACUGAUACUUUCUAGGUUUUCUGCUAACUAUACGCCCCCUUCCAAACCCCGCAAGGUAUUUAGAAAUUAUUUUUGGGAGAAAUGGAUUUUGCUAUGUAUUUGUUUUUGGGUUGAGUUGGGUUGCGGAAGAGGAGAGGGGUGGGGGACAUGUACAUGUAGACAUGAGUUGUUUUUUUUGGAGUAAAUUAGCUGCAAUUUUUGGGUACACAUACGUGAUGUUACGACUUCUUUUAAUUUGUUCCAUCUAGAUUAACUUUUUUCAUUUAUUGAAGAUGAUUCCAGUCAUUUGACUAAGCAAA